AUGCAUGGUCACGGAGGCUAUGACUCUGAUUUUAGUGAUGAUGAACACUGUGGAGAAUCUAGCAAAAGGAAAAAAAGGACAGUUGAAGAUGAUUUACUACUUAAAAAGCCAUUUCAGAAAGAAAAACAUGGAAAGGUGGUUCAUAAACAAGUUGCAGCAGAAUUGCUGGAUAGGGAAGAAGCAAAAAAUAGAAGGUUUCAUCUCAUAGCUAUGGAUGCUUAUCAAAGGCAUACAAAGUUUGUAAAUGACUAUAUUUUAUAUUAUGGUGGCAAAAAAGAAGACUUCAGACGAUUGGGGGAAAAUGAUAAGACAGACAUGGAUGUUAUACGAGAAAAUCAUAGAUUCCUAUGGAAUGAGGAGGAUGAAAUGGACAUGAAUUGGGAGAAGAGACUUGCAAAGAAAUACUAUGAUAAAUUAUUCAAGGAAUACUGCAUAGCAGAUCUCAGCAGAUACAAAGAAAAUAAGUUUGGAUUUAGGUGGCGAGUAGAAAAAGAAGUAAUUUCAGGAAAAGGCCAGUUUUGCUGUGGAAAUAAAUGUUGUGAUGAAAAAGAAGGCUUAAAGAGUUGGGAAGUUAAUUUUGGUUAUACUGAGCAUGGUGAAAAAAGAAAUGCACUUGUUAAAUUAAGAUUAUGCCAAGAAUGUUCCUUUAAAUUAAAUUUUCAUCACAGGAGGAAAGAAGUCAAGUCAAAAAAAAGAAAAGAUAAAGCCAAAAAAGAUUCCGAAGAGUCAACACACAAAAAAUCCAGAUUAUCUUCUGUAGAAGAGACCUCUAGGACAAAGGAUAAAGCGCGUUCAUCCUCAGUGAAAUCAGAAAGUUCUGUCAACAGAAACUCUGAUGAGGAAGAAAGUGCUUCAGAGUCUGAACUUUGGAAGGGCCCACUACCAGAGACAGAUGAAAAAUCACAGGAAGAAGAAUUUGAUGAAUAUUUUCAAGAUUUAUUUCUGUGAGAUGAAAGAGGGAUGCCUACAUUCCUUAAUGUGAAGUAUACUUUGAAAUUCUUCACAAAAGUUUUGUCUACAAGUUGCAACUUGAAUGUCUUUGGAAAUAAAAGAUCCAUCUAG